CCCCCGGGAAAUGGCCACGGAGCCCCCGCGCCCGGCGCUGCCCGCGGCAGGGCGCCCCGAGGGCGGGCGCGGGUGCUGCGCGGGCGGCGGGCGCGGCGAGGCAGAGGAGGAGGCCGCGGCCCAGCCGGCGCUCGGCGCCUCCCCGGGCCCCGCGGUGGCAGCGGCGGCAGCAGCGGCGGGGGGCCGACGGCGGGGGCUGAACGGCUGCGUGCCGCUGUCGCACCAGGUGGCCGGGCACAUGUACGGCAAGGAUAAAGGCGGUAUACUGCAGCAUCCAGACGGGACUGUCCUGAAGCAGUUGCAGCCACCCCCUCGCGGUCCCAGGGAGCAGGAGUUCUACAACAAGGUUUAUGACUCCAACUGUUGCGACAGCGUUCUUCUGGAGCUGCGGGAGUAUCUGCCAAAAUACUUCGGGGUCUGGUCACCACCUACUGCACCAAAUGAUACCUAUCUAAAACUGGAAGAUGUGACCCGUAAGUUUAAUAAGCCUUGCAUAAUGGAUGUAAAAAUAGGUCAGAAAAGUUAUGAUCCCUAUGCUUCAGCGGAGAAGAUACAGCAGCAGGUCAGCAAGUACCCACUGAUGGAAGAGAUUGGCUUUUUGGUACUUGGCAUGAGGGUUUACCACGUCUCUUCUGACAGCUACGAGACACAAAACCAGCACUAUGGGAGGAGUUUGACAAAGGAGACAGUAAAGGAGGGCAUCUCCAAGUUUUUCCACAAUGGGUACUGCUUGAGAAAAGACGCCAUCGCUGCCAGCAUUCGGAAGGUUCAGCAGAUUCUGGAGUGGUUUGAGGGCCAGGAGCAGCUCAACUUCUACGCAAGCUCCUUACUGUUUGUGUAUGAAGGCUUGUGCCAGGCAACGACUGUGCGGCUGAGCGACGUCGCCUUGGCAGAGAAGAGAGGGGUGCCCAAAGGCCUGUUGUCGGGUGGAGACAUACUGGAGUACAACAAUAACAUUCACGUAAUAGGCGCUACGGAGAACGGGAAAAUCGAGGCCUCCGUGGGGAAAGGCUUGUCCAGAUUUUACGCACUGCACAAAAAGGCCUACUCCAAGAGGCCUCGCGGCCAGCUCUCCUUGAAAGUGGAGACCCUGGAGCAAGACGUGUGGAAAAGCAGCGCCCGCAUCGCCCAGGAGCGCCUGAACGGCAACGUCCUGCCCCAGCUGGAAAAGGUUUUCUGCCACGUGCCGGCGGAGCUGAAGGAGACCCCGGCCGUGGAAGUCCGGAUGAUCGAUUUCGCUCACGUCUUCCCCAGCGACACGAAGGAUGAGGGCUACAUUUAUGGUCUGAAGAAUUUAAUCACAGUACUGCAAAAUAUUUUGGAUAGCUAAAUUCUUUGCUAUGUUUUUGUUGUUUUGUUUGUUGUUUGGGUGGUUUGUUGUUUGUUU